CCGGCGCGGGGGCGGUUGGCUCCAGACAAAUAAACAUGGAGUCCAUCUUCCACGAGAAACAAGAAGGCUCACUUUGUGCUCAACAUUGCUUGAAUAAUCUGUUGCAAGGAGAGUAUUUCAGCCCCGUGGAGUUGUCGUCUAUCGCGCACCAGCUGGACGAAGAGGAGAGAUUGAGGAUGGCGGAGGGGGGUGUUACCAGCGAAGACUACCGCACGUUUUUACAGCAGCCUUCUGGAAAUAUGGAUGAUAGUGGUUUUUUCUCUAUUCAAGUUAUAAGCAAUGCCUUGAAAGUCUGGGGUUUAGAACUAAUCCUGUUCAACAGUCCAGAGUAUCAGAGGCUUGGGAUCGAUCCCAUAAAUGAAAGAUCAUUUAUAUGCAAUUAUAAAGAACACUGGUUUACAGUUAGAAAAUUAGGAAAACAGUGGUUCAACUUGAAUUCUCUCUUGACGGGUCCAGAAUUAAUAUCAGACACAUACCUUGCACUUUUCCUGGCUCAAUUACAACAGGAAGGUUAUUCUAUAUUUGUUGUUAAGGGUGAUCUGCCGGAUUGUGAAGCCGACCAACUCCUGCAGAUGAUCAGGGUCCAACAGAUGCAUCGACCAAAGCUUAUUGGAGAAGAAAUAGCACAACUGAAAGAACAGAGAAUCCAGAAAACAGACCUGGAACAAGCCUUAGAAACCAAUGACGGGCCGGGAGCGUUAGAUGACGAUGAGGAGGACUUGCGGCGGGCUCUGGCUCUAAGUCGCCAACAGAUUGACAUGGAAGAUGAGGAAGCAGAUCUCCGCAGAGCUAUUCAGCUCAGUAUGCAAGGUAGUUCCAGAAAUGUAUCUCAAGAUACCCCACAGACAACAGGUACACAACUUACUUCAGAAGAACUACGGAAGAGAAGAGAAGCCUACUUUGAAAAGCAGCAGCAGCAGCAGCAGCAGCAGCAGCACCCGCCAGGACAGCUUUCACACCCAUCGGAAACGCCGACCACAAGUUCAGGAGCGCUGGGCAGGGAUCUAGGUGAUGCUAUGAGUGAAGAGGACAUGUUUCAGGCAGCUGUGACCAUGUCUUUAGAAACUGUCAGCAAUAAUUUCAUAACAGAGGAGAAACAAUAACUUACACAUCUCUAAAAUAUUCAUACUUUCCAACAUUAUCCUGCGUGAUUGAAGCAGGGGGUCCAUUUUGGUAACACGUCAAAGAGAACAAUGUUCAACAGAGGAAAUAAGACUUUUAGGUGGUUUGCAAAGAAAAAGAUGAGAAAGUGGAAAAAUGUGUCAGUUGUAGGACUAAAUAAUGAUCCUUCAAAUACUAGCCAAAGAGGCAUUCAGCAAUUAAAGAAAUUUAAAUAGCUUUUUAAAAUGUUCCUUUUUUUGUUUUUGAGAGUGCAAUAUCUAGUAUGUCUAAAAUUAGGGCAUCUUUCUUGGAUCUUUUUGCAGACCAACUAAUAAGUUCUUGCCACGGAAAUUUUUCCAUACAUUUUGUUUUCUUCCCUUCUGUGUAGGUAAUUGGGCUCACUUUCAUCACCUACUAGUUGCUUCUCUUCAGUUAACAGCCUCAUUAACUAAAGUGACUUUUUUAGGACAGUGUCUCUUCUCUAUGUUGGUUAAUAGUAAUAGUUCCGGAAGGAUGAGUGUUCUCCCUCCACCUGUGUAUUGUGCACUUGGGUGUUUUCUCAUGUCAUUGUCUCUCUGAUCACAAUUUAUCUGCUACCUGGUUUUUAUUACCUUUCUACAACUCUUUCAAAAGAUGGUUAUCUUUCUUAAGGUUUUGCUUUUUAAGGCCUCCAAGAUGAGAUCAUUAUUUCAUGAUUCUGGGGCAUUCCUAAACUCUGACAUCAGCUCUGCACAAGUAUUUAAGAGUAAAUGAGCAUUUCUAAAACGUGUGAGCACAUCCCUCCCCACGUGCUUUACGGAUGUCUUCUCAGCUGUGUCGUAACUCUCUGUCCAGCACCUUGUUGUUUCCCCUUUCCCAGCUGAGAAAAACAGAAGUGUAGUAUGCAAGCAAGUUUCCUGUUGUCAGAUGACAGAGAAUCCCCACCAUGGAUGUAUAAUACACACAAUUUGGCCUUCAAUUUUAGUAGCAGAUUCAUUUUCUUUUUUUCUCUUGUGACUGGAGCUCUGUUCUAUUUACAGCUGAGCCCUAGAGUGUAGAUGCUUGCUUCUGCUGUUCAUCUUCUCAUAGGAACAGCUUGCCAGAGAUGAUGAUCUGGGACAUGAAAAUAACUUACUAACAAAAAUCUGUUUAAAUUUAUACUGUGAUUUAACACUUGCAUCAUGUUUUUAAAAGCUUAAAAUUAUAGUAGUCACACAGUACUGAAUGGGUCUGUAAAUAAGGAAGUCUUUAGUUUUGAUGAGCAUUCUUUAAUGAGGAUGCAGUUUCUUGCUAGGUCAAUACAAUGGUAUGAUUUAGGUGAAAAUUAACCAUGUCUUUCUGAAAUGGGCAUUUUAUCUGUCAUCUAUUCUGCAUCCCUCAUUCUCUAUUCCCUUUUGAAUGUUGAAUUGUUCAUAAGCUAAAAUUUAAGUAAUUUCAGCCAAUGACUUAGAAAAUUAAAGUAUGGUAUGUUGCCAUACUGGUGGGUGGCAACACACAUUUUAUCAGGGAAAUUUUUUUGAUCUAGGAUUUAUUGCUAAGCAAAAAGAUGAGAAAAUGCCUUUUAUUUAUGAUUAUGAUAUAGCUUUUUUUUUUGGAAAGAGGCAGAUUUUUUUAGUCAUUAUUUUGUGCCAAAUGAAGUUUUCUGAAGUUUCCCUUAUAUAAAAUUAGGCCAUUUUACUUUAAUACCUAGCUUUCUUUUGACAACUGAAAACGUUUCAGAAGAAUUAUAAAAAUUUAGAACUGCAAGGGAUGUUAGUGUUUUGCACUGCUCAGGAUGUACAAAUGAAAAUAGUAUUUGGCCUUUACCUUUUCCCAUUGGAAAUUUACAUAAAACUCUUCAUAUACUUUAAUUGAUGAGCUAUCUAAUAUAAAAAUGAGCAAAUAUGCAUAAGUUUUAACUUUAGAGCUUAUAAAGUUCUUAUAUUACACACCCUUGUUAAAGCCUUUAAGGAAAUGUGAUACGUUGACCUUCAUUUGUUAGGGAUUUUUUUUAAAGCAAAGCUGAGCAUACACUGGAUACGUAUGAAUGUGUUUAUUUCGUUUGUUGGGACAUUGUUGUAUUUGGAAGGCAGUUACAGAAACACUAGUACACUGCUGCCUUGUUUGGAUUGGCCUAAAUUUAAUUGAACAUUUCAACUCCACUGAUUGGCCAGUAUGAAAAGAUGCCAGUGCUCAUAACCACAAUAUCAGAAAAUUUAAAAGUUCCACAAAGCUGCAGGUCACACAUCGGAAACUGCUAUUUACAAUAAACCACCUCUAAGAAAGUCGGGAACAAUGAAAUUUAUAACUGUCCUGCUAACAACUUUAUAUUAAGAUUUCCAUUCUGUUUUACUAAUUGGGAACAUCUUAAUGUUUAACAUUUAAACUCUUGGUAUCAUUUUCUAAUGUAUAAUUUGUAUUACCAGGAUAAAAUACGUAUAGUGGCAAUGCCAGUGUUAUAAGUAAAGGUAAAACAAGCUUUAGAAAUGCCACUUUCAUAUUUUGAGAUAUCAUAGAUUUACUAAGUAGUUUUUUAUGUUUUAAAAAUUCAGAAUAAUUUCUGAUCUAAAACCAUCAAUAUACAUUUUUACAGUAAUUAACUUAUAAACAGUUAUGUAUAGUAUGUUGUUUGAAAUGGUUGCUGUAGGUAAACUAUUUUUCAACUCUAAGAUCUUGGCCAAAUAAUUUACAAUUCACAGAAUAUUUAAGGAGGUGCUUUUUUUUUCUUUAAAACUUGAUUUUUCUUCAUUAAGACUUUAUUCAUGCCAAAGUUAAUGAGGAAAUAAGCUCAAAACUAGUUAAGAAUCAUGGUAGGCAAAACUAUCGAUGGUCUGCAUUGUUUCAUUUAAUAUUAAGUUCAGUAAAGCAAGUCACAUUUUUAAUGUCUGCGUGCUUAAAUAGUAUCAUGCUAGUGCCAAGAUAGACUAAAUGUCUUCAGAUUGGCCCAUUGAACCUGUGCAGAUUCAAAAAAGAAUUGACUUAGUACAUAAGCAAAAUAUAGUAACUGAAAUAUCUUCAGUUGAAAAAUCCUGAUGUUUUAAAUUCUUCAGAUUCAAUAACUAAUAUUGAUGAAUUCCUAUUAAAAACUUGACCUAAGGUUAGGGAGGCUAUAACCACUACUUUCAAAGUAAAUCAUUGUGUCUGGGCCCUAACAAGUAGAGGGAUGUUCUGUGUGUGAUCUUAAUUGAGAAAAAUCAGAUUGGAUCAACUAAUCAUCUCAGUAGUGUAAGUAAUGUUUCAUAUUUUCAAAUAAAAACUUUCCUUCAUUCCUGGUCCCUUUAUAAUCAGCCUCUUUUGCUAAAGAAGUUAACUGUCUUGUAUUGUUUUUUAAAGUCUUACACAUAAAAAUAUUUUUAUCCCAUUCUGCUUUCAUGAAUGAAAAGAUUGACAUGGUUGGUUAAUUCUUAAAUUUCGAUUUUUUUAAAAAUUUGAAUAAACCUUUGCUGUUUUUAUUUUUUUUCCAAAACGAUCUGUCAUUUUAAGAAUCAGUGCUAGUAAUAUCACUUUUAAAUGUACAGUAAUUGGCAUGCUAAAUUAAUCAUGUAUCAAUGUUUUAAGACUAUGGACUCAUGGAAAGGAGUAGGGAGCAAUAGUGAAAUAUAUGUGGAAAUUCCUGAAUUAUUGAGGAAGCACUUCGGUGGUUUAUUGCAUAUUUCAAAGGUGAACGCUUCCAGGUGGUGUUUUUUUUUUUGGUUUUUUUUUUUUUAGUUGAAUUUACUGGGUGACAUUGGUUCACAAAACCAUGCAGGUUUCAAGUAUCUUAACUCAAAACCAUCUGCACCACGCACCGUGCGCCCGUCGCCCAGAGCAAAGUCUCUAUCCCGUCUCUCCAUUUAGCUGGCCUUUGCCCACCUCCACCUACCCCCACCCCCUUUCCCUCUGCUAACACUACCCUGUUGUCUGUCUAUGUGUUAUAAUACAUUUUUUUUUUUUGCUUAAUCCUUUCACCCUCUUUCAUCCAGCCCCCCAGUCCCUCUCCCCUCUGACAGCUGUCCGUCUGGUCUAUGUGUCCAUGCCUCUAAAGAGGAAAACGUACAUUUGAAUGUGAUUACCUAAUUUCUACAACACUGGGUUACUAGGAAUAACUUCAAAAAUUACUCUUCUGUAUAAAUACACUAUUUGAAAUUCAAGUACAAAAAACACCUGAAAUGAAAAGCCUUGUCUUUUGGCCAUGACACAAGUGCACCGUGACAGUGCUGUUUGCUCAGGACUUGACUCCGCAGCCCCCCCGUGUGUGCGCCCCUCGCGUUCUUUUGCUGUCAUUACACACAACAGGCCUCCUGUGUGGCCCUUAGGAAAGCUGGGCUUCCAAAGCACCGUUGAACACUGAGGAUUCU